UGAUUUCUGGUUUCAGGUUUCAGGAGGGCUUGGCAAAGUGGCUGUUGGUGAAGAGCGUGAGCUCUCUCCGACAGUGGCUGACAUACGUGUCACAGAACCACAGGCCACAUUCCUGGGGGACGCCCCAGAGGACUUGGGAAAUUAAGGAACAGUAGUUUCCUUGACUCAGUAUUCUGCAGUAUUCUGCUUCGGAUUCGGUUUGCCAGCCCAUCAGGUUUUGCUGGCUACUCAGUUCUGGUCUCUGUCUCAAAUUUGUGUUGAAUGUUUACUGUCUGUCUUUAUCAUCUGUGUUGUGUGUCCUUGCUUUCACUGUUUGUGUAUCUUUCAUUAUGGGACAGAGCACUUCAACGCCUCUGUCCCUGUCCCUUGAUCACUGGACCGAAGUCCGCUUAAGGGCUCAGAAUCUUUCUUUUUCAGUAAAACGCCGGACCUGGCAGACUCUCUGUGCCUCAGAAUGGCCCACCUUUGGAGUCGGAUGGCCCCCAGAAGGAUCUUUCUACUCCCCACUAAUUCAAAAAGUCAGAGAUAUUGUCUUUCAGCUGGGGCCACAUAGCUAUCCAAAUCAACAGCUGUAUAUCUUAACUUGGCAGGACCUCUGCGAAUCUCCUCCUCCAUGGGUGAAGUCUUUCCUUGUCCUUGCCCCCGCUCCUACUCCUUCCCCCACAAUUCUAUCUCUCAAACCCUCUGCUCCUCCUCCUCCACCCUCUGUUCUCCCUGAGUCUCAAGAUUUGACUCUACUGGACUCUCCUCCCCCUCCUUAUCCCCUGCCCUCGUCCUCCAACCCCCAACACCCUCUAAGUGAUUCCCCUGCUGCUGACUCAGCCUCUCCACCAUUGGAGGAAGCUGAGCCAGCCCAGCGCCCUCCAGAUGACUCCCCCGGGGCACACACAGCUCCUCCUCCCCUGGAGGAAACUGGCCCGACUAAAGGAACUCGCCGGCGGCAAAUGAUUAAAAACCCUGAAGACCCCAUGAUAUUCCCCCUCCGUCCUUACGGGCCAAUAAUAGAGGAUAGCCAUGGUGGAGAAAUGCAAGCCUACCAGUAUUGGCCUUUCUCCUCUUCAGAUUUAUAUAACUGGAAAAAUAACAAUCCCCCUUUUUCCGAGGACCCCACCCAGCUCACAGGUCUGAUUGAGUCAUUGAUGUUUUCACACCAGCCUACUUGGGAUGACUGCCAACAACUCCUAGGCACUCUCUUCAUGACAGAGGAAUGAGAGAGAAUCCUCCUGGAAGCUAGAAAAAAUAUCCUCGGACCAGAUGGGCGACCGACACAACUUCCCAACAUAAUCGAAGCCGACUUCCCCUUGAACCGACCCAACUGGGACCCCAACACCUUUGAAGACUUAAAGCUCUUGAAAGAACCCAGCGAUACCUGUGGAAACAGCUGGCCACUGCCUACCAACGUGGGGAUGAAGGGACUCCACACCGAUAUCAAGUGGGAGACUUCAUCUAUGUAAGACGACAUCAGGUGUCAUCCCUAGAACUCCACUGGAAAGGACCAUACCAGGUGCUACUUAUAACACCUACAGCAGUAAAGGUAGAUGGAAUCACUUCCUGGAUCCAUGCCUCUCAUCUCAAGCCUGCGCCCUGUCCAGACUCUGGAUGGAAACUGAAAAAAACUGGUAACCUUCUCAAAUUGCGUAUUCGCCGUGUGGAUAGGGCUAUGGACUCUCCCCUUGACCACCAGUAGUCCUAACCCUCAUCAGCCCGUUCAGCAGUGAUGGCUAAUCACAAAUCCUACUGGACAAGAAAUAUGGUCCAUCUCGCCUACAGCCCCCUUAGGGACCUAAUGGCCAUCUCUUCACCCAGACAUUUGUCAGCUGGCUAUGUCUUUCCUAUUGGGAUAUCCCUGAUGAAGAGGAUCCCACUAAAAUUCCAUUAAAUCCCUUCCAUACCAUAGAUAAUGAAAACAAACAUUAUGGAUGUAGGGACACUCGAGCCAGAUGCAGGUUGGCUAGCCUAGAUUACUAUGUUUGCCCGGCGGACUAUCGAAGCCACAAACAGUCACAGCUUGUAUGGGGGAGAAACCGACUUCUUCUGUAAGUCAUAGGGAUGUGAGCAUACAGGGGCUUCCUAAUUGAACCCAAACUCCUCAUCAAAUUCAGUACACAGCAUUGGCCAUAUUACCAAUUAGAUAACCAAAACCGAUGGCCCCCAGAGGGGUCUCCAGAUCCUCAAAUUCUGCGUGACCUUUUUAACUUCUGCAAGUGCUCAAAAGGGUGAAAGGAGAUUCCCCUAUGUGGAGGCCUUUUCCCUCCUUCGCUCACAUUCUGAACUAUGCUUCUCCAAAACAUCCUCACCCUCAGCCUUCUGCUCCAGACUCUCUGCUGUCACUCCCACCUCAGCAACCUGAUUUCUCCCCUCCAAUCUCUAGAUCAAAAACCCAAACCUCAGCCGGUUCUCAGACCAUUGCCCCCUUGCUGAGGUAGCAGGUACUGAGGUACCUGGUACUGAGGUACCUCUCCACCCAUUCACUCCUCUCUUCUCCUGUCAGUGCCCAUACCGGGUCCCACCAGGUCCUCUUACCAGCUAACCCAAAGCUCAAACCAGCUGAAAAGAGCCCUCAGACCCCUAUCCAAGAUGUAAUGAAAAUGACCUUUAAAGUUGCUUUGUCAUCACUGAAAACAGGUUACUAAGAAUUUAAAGUCCCUCACAGGCUUUUUGGGAUACUCACUCCCGUCUUCCCCUCUGCUCUACCUGUUCUACUACUCAAGUUUUUGUUGCUA